AUGGCUUCAGACCUGAGCUCCGUUCCUCUCUCUGCUCCAACAGCUCGACCUCGUGCUGCGACAGCCGUCCAGCCAACAACCACUUCCCCACGUGUGAUUUCUCGACGCCCAUCGGAAGCCAAUGGCCCUCCUUUGAUCGCUCUCAGCCCAACUACAUAUGCUGAGAGCCCACCUGACCAUGGCAUUGCGGGAAUAGCAUCCGGCCCGUUGCGGCAUCCCAAGCCUCUUACACCGUCUGAUCUUCACUCAGUCAACCGUCUAUCUAGAGAGCUUUCCCUCCUUCGCCAACAGACAACCUCUGUUGCAUCAACAACUUCAUCGACUUCGGGCACGCUUAAUGACUCUUUAGAUGCACUGCAUUCGUCUCCCUACUUGAAUAGCUCUACAAACCAUAGCACAUCACGGCGCCAUCGCUCCUCCUCAAGUCUGAGUUCUUCAUAUGUUCCAGCUGUUCAAGGAUCGAGGACAAACAGUGUCACUGGAAUUGCACCCUUACGAGAUUCUGGUCUACCAAUCCGGCCAGGUCGAAGCCGGGAAACAUCUAUCACGUCACCUCGACAGUCUGAUGCUGCUCUGUCAUCGCUAUCACCCCCGUUGCAGCAACAAGGAGAUUAUUUCCCUCAUGUCGCUACCGUUCCAAGCUCGUAUCCUCACCGAAAUUCGAUCACCCAGCCAGGGAAAUCAGCAGCAGCAGCUAUGUCUCGGUAUGAGGAAACAGCCCACCACCGUGCGGAAUACGAAUCAAUUAAACGCGAGAACGAAGCGUUACGUCGCCGUGUGCGUGAUCUCGAGCAAGUCCUUAAGAAGCACCGAGAUGGGGAACCCAAAAUGGAUGAUUUGGCACAUGGCAGUACCUCUGCUCUUACAAAUGCAAUGAAGGAUGCUUCCAUUGCAGAAACUUCAUGA